UUUCUACUCUACUUGCUUUAUUGUAGUCACAGACAUAUAACACAAACAUCACCGUUUUUAAGUGUAUCAAUGCAUCCCAUACCACCCGUCUCGGGAAGGCUUUCAUAUUUCAGGAUGAAGCUCUAGCAGAGAAACCCUCAUUUGCCAUUCUCCCCAUCCAGGCCCAGGUAGCCAGGAUUCUACUUUGCCUGCACAGAUUUGGCUAUUCUAGGUACCUCAUGUAAACAGGACCAUGCAGCAUGUGCGUCUGUGACUGGCUUAUUUCACUCAGCGUGAUGUCCUUCCUCAAGGUUCGCCCAUGUUGAAGCACAGGUCAGAAUUUCCUCUUCAAGCCUCAAAACUAUCCCGGUUGUAUAUACAACAUGAUUAUUCACUCAUCUAUUUGCGGGUGGACAGGUUUGUGGAUUCAGGUUGCUCCCAUUUUGUGACUACCACAAAUAGUUAUGAAUACUUGUACACAAACACCACACAUCUCUGCUUUUAAUCUUGUUUGUUUGAGACAGGUCUCCCUGUGUAGCUCUGGCUACCCUGGAACUCACUAUGUAGAUCAGGCUGACUUCAAAUUGUCAGCCAUCCUCCUGCCUCUGCUUCUAGAGUAUUGGGAUUAGGGACAUGUGCCACCACACCUGGCUUGCUUUCAAUUCUUUUGGAUAUACUCCUAACAGUGGAAUUUCAGAGUCGCACGGUUACACUGCAUUUAACUUUUUUUUUUUUAAGAUUUAUUUACUUAUUAUGUAUACAGAAGAGGGUGCCAGAUCUCAUUACAGAUGGUUGUGAGCCACCAUGUGGGUGCUGGGAAUUGAACUCAGGACCUCUGGAAGAGCAGUCAAUGUUCUUAACCUCUGAGCCACCUCUCCAGCCCGCAUUUAACUUUUUGAGGAGUCACCAAACUGUCAUAGAACUUGGUGGUUUUAAGUCACAGAGAUUUGGGGAUGUCUAUUAUAGGGAUAACCUUUUCUUUUGGAAGCAAUGCUGCAUCUUAACCCAGAAUGUCGAGGACCAAAGUGAUGGGGUGUAGGGACCUGUGUUCACUGCUUUUCUGUUGUGACGAAUACCUCACAGAAACAUCCUAAAGGAGGAAAGCUGGACUUUGGUUCAUGGUUUUUGAGGGUUCAGUCUGUGCAUGUGGGCCAACUGUGGGCUGAACACUAUGAUGGCAGGUGCCGGUGGUAGAGGAAGCCGCCUGCCUCAUAGCAGCCGGGACACAAGGCCAGAGCCAGACUGUGGCCAGGGCAAGAUGUAUUUCCAAGGAUAUGCCCUGAGUGACCUAGUUUCUCCAGCCUGGCCCCACGCCCUGGAGGUUCCAGAACCUCUCAAAACAGCGCCACCAGGCUGGGUGUGGUGGAGCACGCCUUUGAUCCUAGCACUCAGGAGGCAGAAGCAGGUGGAUCUCUGUGAGUUUGAGGCCAGCCUGGUCUAUAUAGGGAGCUCCAGGUUAGUCAGAGCUGCAUAAUAUGUCUCAAACAUAACCAAACCAAAAAACCCAACACCACCUGCAGAGGACUAACCCUUUAAUGUACAAGCCUUUAUGGAGGGAUACUUCAUAUUCAAACUAUAACAGAGCCUAAAGGCUACACCUAUUUGAGCUGAACCUAGUUGUAGCAUGAAGAGGGUCAUCCAGCAUUGAUGUGCUACCUCUCUGGACCAAAGACAUCAGCGCUGGCAUCUAGAAUCAACAGCGGAGCUCCAUGACUGCUUCUCACUGGUCACAACGCCCCUAUCAUGGUUACUGUGGGUCUCAUGACACUAGCAACACAGGCAUCCAAGGCCACACGCUUUUAAGGCUCCCAGUGACAUCACCAUCAGUACUGAACACAGACUUCACAUUUGGCCCUCUUGGUCAAUUUCGGCUUCUUGGGGGGCAACUGUGAUAUGCCAACCUGAGUCAAGUGAACCCGGCCUUAACUCUUACUCUGCCGCUUCCCAAAUCUGACAGGCUUAAAAAAGAUGAUGUGUAUGGAUGCUUUACCUGUACCCAUGUCUGUGGACCAUGUGGCAUGCAGCACCAUCAGAAGCAAGGUGUUGAAUAUCCCCUGGAACCGGAGUUAAUAAACAGUUGUGGGCUGCCGUGUGGGUGCUGGGAAUUGAACCCAGGUCCUCUGGAAGAGCAGCCAGUGCUCUUAACCACUGAGUCAUCUCUCUAGCCUCAGGAUGGGCUUUUUGUUUGUAGUUUUGAAGACUGAACCUAAGACCUGGUGAUUACCAGGCAAAUUCUCUACCACCAAGUUUCACCCCGAGUCCAGGCAUGGGCUUCUUCACAGGGAAGUAGGGACAACACUUGACAAGGUGGCAUGGACAAGGGAGAGGUGUCAUGUCUGCUGGCUGCUCUUUGGAGGUAGUGCCAUAUAACUCUUGAGGAAGUUGAGGCCUUUCUCUAAAACAGCCUUGUCCUUAGUCAAGCCGGAAGCACCAUUUGGAGGGGCUGUGGAUUUGGAUGGAGGAACCCUGCAGUUCAUACUGUCAUUCAACCAACAUUUAUGAGGACAUAGCACGUACAGGUGCUACGCCGAUGACAAAUGGUGUCCUUGUCAUCACAGGGCAUGGCGAGAGUCUUAGAACCGGCCAGGCGAAAGACCAUGCGUAGCAGAAAGGAGCACCAGUAGCUUGGGGGUGGGGAUGGGGCAAGAGGUAGGGUGACAUUAGAAGAGGUUAGGACAGUUGCCUGGGCGUGGCGAAGACUGAAGAGAAAGGUGGCCUGCAAUAUGAAAGGUGGUUCUGCGUCCCAAGGAAUUAGGCAACUGUCCCCGUGACCCUCAGUGGGGUGUGUGGUGUGGGGACCUGCUUCAGCAUUGAGGGUCUGCACAUAAGUGUGAUGCUAAGUGUGGGAGACGCAGUCCAGGACACUGGGGCACAGCUGAAGGUCUGGAUGGAUGGGGCUGUCCAGUGGCAGGAGGGAGGAGCCAGACGAGGAGGCUGGGAGUCAGGGGAUCCAGCGCCAAGCUCCAGUGAUGGUAGCUGAAGGAGAUGUAAGCACUACAGACCCGGAGCCCUGAGAGCACCCCCACCUUGAGGGAUCCAGGUCUAGGGCAGGUCUGUGGAGAAUCUGGCCGCUGGAAGAGGUCUUCAAUGUCAUUUAGUUCAACCUCCCACCUCUUCAGAUCUUUCCAGAGCCCACCUGAGGGCAUCCAACUCUUCUUGGGCACAUCAAGGUACGGGAAGCUCGCUCCCUUCUAGGCAGCCCACCCCACGGCGGUGCUCGAGCCCCUAGGGUGGCCUCGAGGCGCCAGGCGCUCCGACCUUGGCCGUGUGCAGCCGUCUGGCCACCGCGGCACCUGGCUGGGGGUGGCGACGCGGCUGGGCAGGCGCUGCUGUCCCCAGCCCCAGUGCUGAGGCGCGCAGAGCGCAGUGGGCUCUGGUGGAGGUCGGGAGAACUGCAGGGCGAAGGCCGCCGGGGGCUCCGCGGGCGGCAGGGGGGAGGCACUUGACACCGGCCCGGGAGAGGAGGGGCCGCUGUCCCUGCGGCCAGUGCUGGAUGCGGGGACCCAGCGCAGAAGCUGCGCCAGGCAGAGCCACCCGAGGGCCAGCACUGAGGCAGCAGCACUCUUCCGAGGGCUUGACAUCAAGAUCUAUGUGUAAGUUUUAACUCUUGCUCACGAAGACCGCAGUAACUCCGUCUCUGAAGGCCAGCAGCCCCCCCCCCCCCCCAGAGCCCUCGAAGCCCCAGACUGCCUCCUACUGCCCAGCUGCCAGCUAUGCCCUCCAGCGGCCCCGGGGACACCAGCAGCUCCGCUCUGGAGCGGGAGGAUGAUCGGAAGGAAGGAGAGGAACAGGAGGAGAAUCGUGGCAAGGAGGAGCGCCAGGAGCCCAGCCCCACGGCCCGGAAGGUGGGGAGGCCUGGCCGGAAGCGCAAGCACCCACCGGUGGAAAGCAGUGACACCCCCAAGGACCCCGCAGUGACCAGCAAGUCUCAGCCCAUGGCCCAGGAUGCUGGCUCCUCAGAUCUGUUACCCAAUGGAGACUUGGAAAAGCGGAGUGAACCCCAGCCUGAGGAGGGGAGCCCAGCUGCAGGGCAGAAGGGUGGGACCCCAGCUGAAGGAGAGGGCACUGAGACCCCGCCGGAAUCCUCCCGAGCUGUGGAGAACGGCUGCUGUACCACCAAGGAAGGCCGUGGAGCCUCUGCGGAAGAGGGCAAAGAACAGAAGCAGACCAACAUCGAAUCCAUGAAAAUGGAGGGAUCCCGGGGACGGCUGCGGGGUGGUCUGGGCUGGGAGUCCAGCCUCCGUCAGCGGCCCAUGCCAAGACUCACCUUCCAGGCAGGGGACCCCUACUACAUCAGCAAACGGAAACGGGACGAGUGGCUGGCACGUUGGAAAAGGGAGGCUGAGAAGAAAGCCAAGGUCAUUGCAGUAAUGAAUGCUGUGGAAGAAAACCAGGCCUCUGGAGAGCCUCAGAAGGUAGAGGAGGCUAGCCCUCCUGCUGUGCAGCAGCCCACCGACCCUGCGUCCCCUACUGUGGCCACCACCCCUGAGCCAGUGGGGGCUGAUGCUGGGGACAAGAAUGCCACCAAAGCAGCUGAGGAUGAGCCCGAGUAUGAGGACGGCCGUGGCUUUGGCAUCGGAGAGCUGGUGUGGGGGAAACUCCGGGGCUUCUCCUGGUGGCCAGGCCGGAUCGUGUCUUGGUGGAUGACAGGCCGGAGCCGAGCCGCUGAAGGCACUCGCUGGGUCAUGUGGUUCGGAGAUGGCAAGUUCUCAGUGGUGUGUGUCGAGAAGCUCAUGCCACUGAGCUCCUUCUGCAGCGCGUUCCACCAGGCCACCUACAACAAGCAGCCCAUGUACCGCAAAGCCAUCUACGAAGUCCUCCAGGUGGCCAGCAGCCGUGCCGGGAAGCUGUUUCCAGCUUGCCAUGACAGUGACGAAAGUGACACCAGCAAGGCUGUGGAGGUGCAGAACAAGCAGAUGAUCGAAUGGGCCCUUGGGGGCUUCCAGCCCUCUGGUCCCAAGGGCCUAGAGCCACCAGAAGAGGAGAAGAAUCCAUACAAGGAAGUCUACACGGACAUGUGGGUUGAGCCCGAGGCGGCUGCGUAUGCCCCGCCCCCACCAGCCAAGAAACCCAGAAAGAGCACAGCGGAAAAGCCUAAGGUCAAGGAGAUCAUUGACGAGCGCACAAGAGAGCGGCUGGUGUAUGAGGUGCGGCAGAAGUGUCGGAACAUCGAGGACAUUUGUAUCUCAUGUGGAAGCCUCAAUGUCACCCUGGAGCACCCACUCUUCAUUGGUGGAAUGUGCCAGAACUGUAAGAACUGCUUCUUGGAGUGCGCCUACCAGUAUGACGAUGACGGGUACCAGUCCUACUGCACCAUCUGCUGUGGGGGGCGUGAAGUGCUCAUGUGUGGGAACAAUAACUGCUGCAGGUGCUUUUGUGUCGAGUGUGUGGAUCUCUUGGUGGGGCCAGGAGCUGCCCAAGCGGCCAUUAAGGAAGACCCCUGGAACUGCUAUAUGUGUGGGCACAAGGGCACUUAUGGACUGCUGCGGAGACGGGAAGACUGGCCCUCCAGGCUCCAGAUGUUCUUUGCCAAUAACCACGACCAGGAAUUUGAUCCCCCAAAGGUUUACCCACCAGUUCCGGCUGAGAAGAGGAAGCCUAUCCGGGUGCUAUCUCUCUUUGAUGGAAUUGCUACAGGGCUCCUGGUGCUAAAGGACCUGGGCAUCCAAGUGGACCGCUACAUUGCUUCAGAGGUGUGUGAGGACUCCAUCACUGUGGGCAUGGUGCGGCACCAAGGAAAGAUCAUGUACGUCGGGGACGUCCGCAGCGUCACACAGAAGCAUAUCCAGGAGUGGGGCCCAUUCGAUCUGGUGAUUGGGGGCAGUCCCUGCAAUGACCUCUCCAUCGUCAACCCUGCCCGAAAGGGACUUUACGAGGGUACCGGCCGGCUCUUCUUUGAGUUCUACCGCCUCCUCCAUGAUGCGCGGCCCAAGGAGGGUGAUGACCGCCCCUUCUUCUGGCUCUUUGAGAACGUGGUGGCCAUGGGCGUGAGCGACAAGAGGGACAUCUCGCGAUUUCUUGAGUCCAACCCCGUGAUGAUUGACGCCAAAGAAGUGUCUGCUGCACACAGGGCCCGUUACUUCUGGGGUAACCUUCCUGGCAUGAACAGGCCAUUGGCAUCCACUGUGAAUGAUAAGCUGGAGCUGCAAGAGUGUCUGGAACACGGCAGAAUAGCCAAGUUCAGCAAAGUGAGGACCAUUACCACCAGGUCAAACUCUAUAAAGCAGGGCAAAGACCAGCAUUUCCCCGUCUUCAUGAAUGAGAAGGAAGACAUCCUCUGGUGCACUGAAAUGGAAAGGGUGUUCGGCUUCCCUGUCCACUACACAGACGUCUCCAACAUGAGCCGCUUGGCGAGGCAGAGACUGCUGGGCCGGUCGUGGAGCGUGCCAGUCAUCCGCCAUCUCUUCGCUCCGCUGAAGGAAUAUUUUGCUUGUGUGUAAGGGACGUGGGGGCAAACUGAAGUAGUGAUGAUGAUGAUGAUGAUGAUGACAAAGUUAAAACAAACAAACAAACAAACAAAAAAAACAAAACACAAAACACCAAGAACGAGAGGACGGAGAGGAGUAUCAGCAGCACCCAGAAGAGAAAAAGGAAUUUCAAACAAACACAGAGGAGGAAAUGCCGGAGGGCUGGGCUUGGCCUUGCAAAAGGGUUGGACAUCAUCUCCUGAGUUUUCAAUGUUAAUCUUCAGUCCUAUUUAAAAAGCAAAAUAGGCCCCUCCCCUUCUUCCCCUCCUUUUCCGAGGAGGCGAACCUUUUGUUUCUAUUCUUUUCAGAGGGGUUUUCUGUUUGUUUGGGUUUUUGUUUCUUGCUGUGACUUAAAACAAGAGGGUUAUUAUUACAGCAAAAUCAGUAACAACAGAAAGUAGUGAUACCUUGGACAGGAAAGGGAGAGGGAAAAUUCUAUAAAAAUUUAUAUAUUGUUUUUUUUUUUUUUUUUUCUAUAUAUAUCUCUUUGGUUGUCUCUAGCCUGAUCAGAUAGGAGCACAAACAGGAACAGAAUAGAGACCCUCGGGAGGGAGGCAGAGUCCCCUCCCAGCCCCUGAGCAGUCUCAAGAGCACCAUUCCUGGUCACGCCGAACAGAACCCAACUAGCAGCAGGGCGCUGAGAACACACCAGACACUUUUCUACAGUAUUUCAGGUGCCUACCAUACAGGAAACCUUGAAGAAAACCAGUUUCUAGAAGCCGCUGUUACCUCUUGUUUACAGUUUAUAUAUAUAUGAUAGAUAUGAGAUAUAUAUAUAAAAGGUACUGUUAACUACUGUACAACCUGAAUUCAUAAUGGUGCUUUCACAACAGCGAGAUGAGCGAGAACAUCAGCUUCCACCUGGCCUUCUGUGCAAGGGGUUUCAGCCCAGGUUGUGGGGGGAGAGUGCAGCUGGAGGGCUCACCUCUGAGAGAGGGGGGUGUCAUUUUCCCUCUUGGUUUUUAACAAGCCAGAGGAGGAACCGUAUCCCCCCGACACAUGCCCAGCUUCUCCCUGCCCAAGAGGGGGUCAAGCGGAGGUGGUCGGGACCUGGGAAAGCUGAGUGUGGAAUUUCUCCAGACUCGUGCAAUAAUAACCCUUGAAUAUCAUCUAAUAUGACUGCCUUGGUAAGGUGGCAUGAGAAAAACUUUCCCCCGAUUUUGAAUUUGUCAGCCACAUCGAAGGCUCCUCAUGGGAUCAGAAAUAAUCCAGAGUGAGGGAAAGCGAUCUGCCAUGAACCCCACCUGGAGCAAAUAAAAAAACAUACAAAAUGUACUGGUGCUUUUUGUCUAAGUUGCCUUUUGUGUGUUCUUUUAUGAGCCCCCCACCACCACCACCAUCCCCUCUGCACAAGGCAGCUCUGGUCCUGGAAUGGGAUGUUUUUGCUCAUCUCUACAGACUGCAGUUUCAUACUUGGAAGGCUGAUGACACCUUUAUUAUAAUUAUUCUUAUGGUUCUGGUUAUAAUUGUUUGUUUUGAGAUUUUCUUUGAGAAAACAGAAACCCAACACCCUUCCCUUUAGGUUUCAAACCAAGGUGCAGGGGGGUGGGGGUGGCAGGUGCUUCUAAGGACCGGUGGCUCUGGUGCCCUGGCUCCCACCCCUUGGGCCAGGUGGGCCACUGGGCAGUACAGCAACAAGCUAGACGGCCAGGGAGUUCUGAGGCCCACCCUCCGGGCCGGUCACUCUCCUCCUCUUCUUCUUCUUCCCUUCCUCCUGAGUCCGGUGUGUCAGGGCCGGAGGGAGGCCGGGGCAGCCUCUCUCCUCGUGUGUGUGAUUGGAAUGGCGUGUGUUUCUUUUCUAGUGUUUGGUCUGAUAGUCGCGCUCUCACCUUGGGGCAGCGUCACCUGGGGCCCACGAGCUCGCACUUUGUCCCGCUUCCUACCCAGGGCAGGCAGCCUGGUGUUGGCAGUGGGAAGAGGAGGUGAUGUUGGCCCCAGGGUGAGGGCCCGAUGGGCAGAGCUUGCCUGGAUGGAUGGAGUGUAGAUAUGUGGCAUAUAGAGAUAUAUAUUUUAUAAUGGGAGGGGGGACGGCACCUCCUGGGACCAGCAGGGGCUGGGAGGUGUGCUGUCAAGCACAUGGUCCCAAGACCGCAUCCCUAGAAAGAUGGGGCCUAUGGUAGGCCCCAUAUAAAUAGAUAGGGUCAUGUAUAAGAAGUAUCCACCGUGGGGGUUGGAGGGAAUGGGCUCUGUGUUGAGCCCGGGUCCCUCCCACAGACAGCCCCACGCCAGUCAGUCAGUCAGUCCAACACAUGCACAGGAACCUAUUUCUGUCUGGAUGCACACCAGGGAGCUCCUGGCAUGCUUCUACCCAGGAUCAGGAGGCUGGAGUUGGCCCGUGCCGCUCUUACCCCUCUGUGGCCCUGAUGACAGGUAGACUCGAUCCCGAAGUUGCUAGGUGCUGAAGUCAGGAAAAGGAGGAGGUUCGAUCCAAGCAGGUGCUUCCUCUAGCAGGUCUCUUGUAUACCUUUUGCCCCUGGUGAUGUCAAAGAUUCUUCUGUUAGCAGCCUGUGGUUACUGGACCUGCAACUCUAGGCACCAGUCAAGCGAGCCCUCGACUCCCCCUACCUAUUCUCCCCAACCAAAAUCAAAUUGAAAUCUGUCUUGGCCACUGGGCUUUCAUUGGGAAAAGGAAAAAAAAAAAAAAAAAUUGAAAUUAAAAUGGGACAGGGGACCUCACCUUUGGAGUAAAGUGAAUUAGUAAUUAGUGAUAAAACCAAACAAAGGCUUUGGCUCCCUUGCUCACUCCUCAGGAGUGAACCCAGCCGGUGGCUUGUUAGACCUCUUGGGCUGUGUGGUCCUGCCCACCUCUGCUCAUUUUCUCUGGAUAGAUUUUUAAGAUGACAGCUUGUUCUUGCUGUGGCAGGUAGUGACUGCGGGGCCGGAGCAUCUGAGAGGGGGGAUGCUUGCCCCCUUGGAGUCCCUGUGCUAAAUGUGAUGUCCUCCUUUGCUCCAGCAGGCCUCCAUUCUCAAUCUGGAGUCCACCAGCACCGUGCAGGAGGACUUGGGGGGGAGGGGGGCUGCCUUAGGCAGUCCAAGGUGCUCCCUCCCCCUCUAGCCAAUGCCAAGGUCUUCCCAGUUCUUCCUAUCAGGAUAUGGUCUUCAAGGGCCUUCAUCUGCUUCUGCCUACUGCUCACGUGAAGAAGCUAACCUUUCCCAGUUACCCAGCACCACCUCAGCUGGGCCUGGUGCUCCCCAACCCCUGGGCUUAGUGUAAGGGUUCAAGAGGAGCCUCAGUGGCGAAGGAUGUGGCAUUCUCAAAGAACUGAGUGCAGGCUUCCAGGUGGCUGACCAAUACUGACCUGAGAAGUUCCCUAGAACGGAUUCCUCAUGGGGCAUCUGGUGGUUUUCACCAGCUUUCCUUCCAGCCCAGUCUGUGGGCUUUGUCUUGCUGUAGCGUGUAGGUACCAGUUAGCCAUUGACCAUCCCCCCCCAUCUCUCUCUCUCUUUGGGGGUCUUUGGGAAUGUGCCAGCUUGGCAAAGCUGUGAUGCCCUCCAUCCACCUCUAUCCCAAAUGGAGAGCUAGGAUGCUAUGGUAGUUGGGGUGGCGUUGUGGGAAGUUUAUGCAGUAAACCUAGGAGCUCACUGUAGAUGGAGCUGAGGCUAGCAUCAGGUCCUGGGAAGAUCCCCAGAGGGGUUCCCUGUGGGGUUUCCUUUCCAAAGAAAAGGCUUGUUUCCCCUGGAAACUAAGGUGCUAGGGACCGAGUAACAGCCUGCCUUCUGCAGGUGCCAUGUGAAGCCUUGUGCCAAAGAUCUGUGGCCCUUGCCCAGGGGAGGUAGCCGGUGCUAGUGCCAGGGUCACGGAACCAAGGCCUCCUGCGGAGGGAGGCACACAUGCCAGCGGGGUCCCAAGCUGGUGCUAAUCCCUCCCCAUAGGACCCAGUAAGCCUGGGGGCCUGUAGUAGGCUGUUUUUCUGCUGUUGAAUACCCUAUUUGAAAGCAAAAGUCCCCUAAAGAGCCUCUUGGACCUCUUCACUUUGGCAGCAGGACUGUGUGUGGCGGCAGGUAGGGAGACUGCAGGUAAAGAUUGCUGUAGCUUUUGGCAAAUGACGAGUGUGGAUUUGGGAGCAACCGGUAGUAAGGCAGGCCAACAUUGAAAGGGCCUACCAGCCUGGUAGCGUCUCUGUUAUGAAGAUGCUCUGGUCAUCCAUCACGUGCUGCGUCCAGGGUAAAGCAUCUGGUUUAGGAGUUGGGGAGAGUUAAGCUGAGCCACUUUGAAAGACUAUGCUUACAGGAAAACUAUAGAUUGUUGGUUUCUAUAUAUAUUUUUUUUUACUACGCAGUGUGUCCCGAGAGUAGAAGUGAGUUCCCAGCCCUGUUGAGAUGGGCGCUGAGCUUUUAUGGCACUACACGGUCUUCAGGAACUGUCACUGUAGGGGCCUGGGCCGUGUGGCCAGCCCAGCUGAGUUUGCAAGCAGGCCCAUGUUCAGAUCUGAGUUUGGCCCUUGACUGCUCGCAAUGCUUGUGAUGAGGUGGUGGCACUGAGGUGCCCCGCGUGGCGAGGAACAGCUGUAGCCUCUCACCCCGCUAUAACGGCAAAGGUGUUGCUGCUGAGUGAUGAGGUGGAGUUAGAAUGGCCCUUUUGACCCUUUCCCAUCCAGUCAGUGUCAACACAAAAGAGCAGCAGUGCUGGGUCGGGGGACCCCUAAGGAAAGGGUUGAGGGGGGGUCAUUGUGAGCUCGUGCAUGUGUCUGGUAAGAAAGCUGAGAUCUUUGGGGAGUGAGGAUCUUGUUCGCAGGCUUCCAAGACCCAGCUAAGGUGGGAGCCUUUGCUUGGAGGCUAGUCUCUAGCCCCAGGCACUGGAGUUUUGGCAUUGAGACCAAGAAGCAGGCCCAAAGGGAGAAAUAUGGAUGGCCCUUAGCUGGUGGGGACUUGGCAGCUUCUCUAGGGGACCCCAGAAACUCCAGUAACUGGCUCCCCUAUUGGGGUGCGCUCUAUCUGUGGGCUCAUAGAGUGGUCCCCCUAAACCCUGCCCAGCACCUGAACCUGAGGACAUGAGCAGUGGUCUAAAGUCUCGCCUAGUCCCAUUUUACAGACUAAUUUGAUUGCCCAGCCCUAGAAUUCUCUAGAAAAAAAAAAAAAGCUGAAAUUCUUCAGAAUAUGCAGAGGGGAGGGAGAGGUGACUCCACAAGGUGCUAAACACAUUUUAUUAAAAAUAUAUAUUGUUAAAUUAAGUCUGCUGUCUGGACAAUGAUGUUUUGUUUUGUUUUCUUGUAGUGGAGUUUAAAAGAGACUAUUAUUUUACUCUGAUAUAUUAUUAUUAAAAAAAGGCAUUUUAACUUUGUACUUGAAAACUUAAGUGAGCGAUUUCACGUGUUUUAGCUGAGGCAUCGAAGUAGCGGGUGCUUACUUGUGGGAAAUCAUGUAUUCAUACUGCAAAAUAAACUCCGUAGCUGAUUUGGUAAUAACGUUUACUGUUACAGGCGACUUCGCUUUGACCCCGGUGGCAGAGCACUUUUACUCCACAUUCCACGCAGCUAAAUGCAGGACCUUCCAGAAUCUUUCCUCCCUCGGCCCUCUUUUUGGUUCCUCUUCCUCUCUCUCUUUUCCUAUUUUUUUUUUUAAUUGUUGUUUGUUUGUUUUUUUUCUGGUCCCAGCAUCCUUCUUUCUACCACUGUAUUUUUUUUGUUAGGGUUGCUUCUCUAUUUAUUGACAAUAAUAAUGUACAUUUCACAGUCUGGUUCUGGGACAGCCAGGAGCGGCGCGGGGGGCCGCACACAGCCUGCUGCACCGCCCGGCGUCCCAUUGUAUCUCUGUGUACGUGAUGCUUGUGACAUAGCUGUUGAUGAAAUAAUUAAAAAAGGUCAAUGCGUACAGCAGAUGUAGAAAGUCUGUCAGGUCCGCUUUCAUCACAUUUUUUUUUCUUUUUUUUUUUUUCUUUUUUUUUGGUGCCCAGAAGAAUAUAAUAAAGCUCCUUUCUAAUGUACUUGUGCUGGAGAACACUUGAAUAAAUGGACUGUUUUUGUGCAAAAAGAAAAACGGAAAAAAAAAAAAAAGCACCGUCAUAAUGUCCUUUUGUCCUGCGUCUCUUUCCCCUGAUGUGACAGCUCACAGUCCUCCAGAGGGCUGAAGUACCCAAGUGGGUUUAGAUAACGCGGGGCGGGGGUUGCGGGCGGGGAGUGGAUUUCUAAAGUAUUGCCCGCCCAUGUGGGUGGUCACUAGGGACUGGGGACCCAAGGACGGGGAGUUUAGAGUUAGACUGAGAUGAGGUUGUCUAGAAAGGCAGCUUGACUUCCGGAAACAACAGAUGUCUUGAGACCAGAGCAGGAAAUAGACCAGCAUCCUGGUUAAGUGGCAGUGGGAGGACCCAGUGGAGAUGUACCUUACCUACUCCAGGGUCCAAAGGGAAGCAGCCUGGGAGGUGGACAGCUGGGCCUGGGGCUGGGGCAAUCCUGGAAGAACCUGCGGUUUAAAGGAGAUAUUUGCAAACACUUGACAGGUGACCCAGGGGCUGGGACAAGUAGCCUAUAAAUAGAGCUAUUGCCGAGCUGCUUACAGGCUACCUGGCAGGGCCUUUGCGGUCUGCGGAGUUGCCCAGCAUCCCUGCCGUACCUGUCAAGAGGGGCAGCGUGAAUGCAAGGUCUGUGUCCUACAUGUAUCUCCAGGAGUCCCCAGCAGGCUUGACCCAGGCGUCGCUCCUAAGGGUUGUUCAGGCCGUUUCUUCCACCAGGCUUUGGGGAGGUUAGAAUGGCAAAAACAUUGUGUGGGGGCACUUGAGCAGAUGGGAAAAGCCCUGCCGAACAGGGUUUCUCAUGGGCACUUUUUCUUGCUUGGUUUUUGUUUUUUGUUUUUUUUCCUUUGACAAGGUUGUAAAUGUAUAUUUGACUUUUACUAUACUUUUUUCUUGAUGUUUUUCAAUGUUGAUGUGGAAUCUUACUUUCAAAUGGCUGCAUGGCAUUUUCUUGUUGAAUGUUUGUUUAUAUAUAUUUUAUUUUCGCUAUAAAUAGAGCUUCAAUAAACAUCUUUAUGUUUUGGCUUC